AUGCAUCCAGAUCUGGACUUGCCAGAAGGGUUCAAAAUCCCAAAAUUUGAGAUGUUCAAUGGACCAGGGAAUCCCAAGGCACACCUCCGAUCCUACUACGACCAAUUGGUUGGACUAAAGAAAAAUGAACCUCUAAUCAUGCGACUAUUCAGUUGUAGCCUGAACGGAGAAUCCGCUAAAUGGUUCGCAACUCAAGAUAUGCAUCAAUGGCACACUUGGGGGGACAUGGCAGAAUCCUUCAUGGAAAGAUUUCGCUUUAAUGUCGAAACAGUACCAGACCGCUAUUAUCUUGAAAAAGUCAAGCAGAAAUCAACAGAAAACUACAUACAGUUUGCCAGCAGGUGGAGGGCCGAGGCCGCCCGCGUGCAGCCACCAAUGUGUGAAGGAGAGCUAGUCUAUGUGUUUAUCAAGUCCCAGGAGCCUGAUUUCUACGACAGAAUGUUGUCCUUGGCUGGAAGACCGUUUGCUGAAUUGGUCAAAAUGGGAGAGGCUAUAGAAGAUAGUCUCAAAUCCAGGAAAAUAGUUAGCGUCUUCAACAAGGCAUCUGGACAAGCUGCUGCAGGAAUCUUUCUUACGAAGAAAGAGGACGUGGCAAGCAUAUCCCACACUCCAAACCCAAGCUCGAAAGAACCACAACCCACCUACAUUACUACACCCCUCAUAAAUUAUCCAACACCUGUGUACUUACGCACAACCAAGCUUCACAACCACUGUACCAGCUUACACGGUUCCGCCUAG